CCCGCCCGCGCUCCUGUACCCACGGCCCCGGCCGCCGCCGCUCCUUCCCGGGCCGGCGGGCGGCGAGCUCGGCGCAGCGGGGCGGCAUGGCUGUGUCCUGGAGGAGCUGGCUGGACAACGAAGGGGUUAAACACCUCUGCCUGCUGAUCUGGCUGGCCCUGAACGUCCUGCUUUUCUGGAAAACCUUCCUGCAGUAUAACCAAGGGCCAGAGUACCACUACCUCCACCAGAUGUUGGGGCUAGGAUUGUGUCUAAGCAGAGCCUCCGCAUCUGUUCUAAACCUCAACUGCAGCCUCAUCCUGUUACCCAUGUGCCGGACACUCCUUGCUUACCUUCGAGGAUCCCAGAAGGUUCCAAGCAGGAGAACCAGAAGAUUGUUGGAUAAAAGCAGAACAUUCCAUAUCAUCUGUGGUGUUACCAUCUGUAUUUUCUCAGGUGUGCAUGUGGCUGCCCACCUGGUGAAUGUCCUCAGUUUCUCAGAGAACUACCGUGAGGAUUUCCUUGAACUGAAUGUAGCAAGAUAUCGAGAUGAGGAUCCUAGAAAACUUCUCUUCACAAGUGUUCCUGGCCUGACAGGCGUCUUUAUGGUAUUGGUGCUGUUCCUGAUGAUUACAGCUUCUACAUAUGCUAUCCGAGUUUCUAAUUAUGACAUCUUCUGGUACACUCAUAAUCUCUUCUUUGUCUUCUACAUGCUGCUGAUGUUGCAUGUUUCAGGAGGGUUGUUGAAGUAUCAAACCAAUAUAGAUACGCACCCUCCAGGCUGCAUCAAUCUUAAUGGAACCCGGUACCGGAAUACUCACUUACCUGAAAAUCUCUCAGAACAUUUUCAUGAAUCUUUUCCUGGAGGGUUUUCAAAACCAGAUGAGGUUACCCGGAACACAUCUUUGAAGAUUUGUCAGGAAGAGCCCAGGUUUCAAGCUAACUUUCCACAGACUUGGCUUUGGAUUUCUGGACCUUUGUGCCUAUAUUGUGCUGAAAGGCUUUACAGGUGCAUCCGGAGUCAUAAGCCAGUCACCAUCAUCUCCGUUAUCAGUCACCCUUCAGAUGUUAUGGAAAUUCGAAUGGCCAAAGAAAAUUUUAAAGCAAGACCUGGCCAGUAUAUCACUCUACAUUGCCCCAGUGUGUCUGCAUUAGAAAAUCACCCAUUUACCCUCACAAUGUGUCCUACUGAAACCAAGGCAACAUUCGGGGUUCACCUUAAAAUAGUAGGAGACUGGACAGAACGAUUUCGAGAUUUACUACUCCCUUCAUCUAGUCAAGACUCUGAGAUUCUGCCCUUCAUUCAGUCUAGAAAAUAUCCCAAGCUAUAUAUUGAUGGUCCAUUUGGAAGUCCAUUUGAGGAAUCAUUGAACUAUGAGGUUAGCCUCUGCGUGGCUGGAGGCAUUGGAGUAACUCCAUUUGCGUCAAUACUCAACACCUUGCUGGAUGACUGGAAACCCUACAAGCUUAGGAGACUGUAUUUUAUUUGGGUGUGCAGAGAUAUCCAGUCCUUCCGUUGGUUUGCAGACUUACUCUGUGUGUUGCAUAAUAAGCUUUGGCAAGAGAACAGACCUGACUAUGUCAACAUCCAGCUGUACCUCAGUCAAACAGAUGGGAUGCAGAAAAUAAUUGGAGAAAAAUACCAUGCGCUGAAUUCAAGACUUUAUAUUGGACGUCCUCAGUGGAAACUACUAUUUGAUGAAAUAGCAAAAUGUAACAGAGGGAAAACAGUCGGUGUGUUUUGCUGUGGACCCCGAUCAAUUUCUAAGACUCUUCGUAAACUGAGUAACCGAAACAACUCGUAUGGGACAAGAUUUGAAUACAAUAAAGAAUCCUUCAGCUGAAAACCUGGAAUUUAAAGAAGGAAUGAGUGCAAUUGCUAACACUUAGAAAUUCAAACAGCUAUCCUCUGCCAAAGAGUAGCAAGGCUUUCUUAUUUAUGAUUAUUUAAAAUGGAAAUGCAGAGAAUGAGGCAAGAUGACAGGUCACAGUACACCAAAGAGGCUCUGAAGAAUAUCUGAUGUGAUGAUUCACUUUUCAAGUGAGUUAAAACUAUCAGAUGCCCACUGUUGAUUUUUAUGACCGAUUCAAGAGCUCCCUAGUGAGGAGCUACACUUUCUCACUGUGCGGCUGAUAGCCUUGGUCCUCUUUAAAUUGUUUUUGGUUGAACAAAUGGAAGAUUGAACAAAAUUUAAAAAUUCAUUGAAACUCAGAUUACAUUUUUCACCUAAGAAUAACAGAGUGGCUUUGAUUUAGAAAAGCUCCAUGCAAAUAUAUUAGAUGUUUGAAGAUUUAGCAUAAGACUAUUGAUACGGGUACUUUGUGUCAAUAUCUAAUUUUCCUCACUACUGAGCUAAUAACUCUACUUGAUGUCUUUAGACUGUAUGCUGAAUGAAUCUUUUACAGAUGUUGUAUCUAUUUUUAUAUCUCCCCCCUCUGUCUAGGGAAAUCUUCCCUCCCUUGGCAGGCAUUAGGCAUAAUUAUUUAAUCAGUCAUAUUAUCCUCAAUUUAUUUAAUCACUGUUGCAUAGUAAUGAGGAAAUAUUAUUACUAUAAGUUAUAAAGGGAUAUAGAUCUAAUAAGUUUUUUUUCCCUUUUCAGCAUUGUGAUCUCUAUUAUUUUUAUUUACUUUUCCCCCAGCAUAGUUUGUCUUAGUUUUCAAUCUCUUUUUAAAAGUACAUUUUUAUUGAUUUUUAGAGAAAGAGGGAUAGAGAGAUAGAAACAUUGAUGAGAGAGGAACAUCAUCAUUGAUUGGCUGCCUCCUGCAUGCCCCCUACUGGGGAUGGAGCCUGCAACCUGGGCGUGUGUCCUAACCUGGAAUUAAACUGGCGACCUCUUGGUUCCUGGGCUGAGCCACACCCACCAGGCUUCAGCCUCUUAAGGUACUUUGUUUAUUUGCACUUUGAGACCAAAGGGCAUCAUGUCUGUCAGUGGUCAUUGAGAUAGAUACAAGAUCUCUCUUUUGGCAUACAUUGGUUAUGUUGAAGAUAUUGAAAGUGUAGUCACAUCCCUAAUAGGAAAUCUGGAUUUUACUUCCUACACAAGAUAAAAUAUUUCAUUAGUUACUCAAAUUCAAGUUCAGAAUCAAGCAAUAUUAUUGCUGCACCACCUAGUAUUCUGGGUCUCAAUAGGGAAUUAUUGAGUUCUAAGUCACUGUUAGGCUUACUCUGUGUGAUCCUAUCAGUUCAUGUUCCCUGGCCAUUAUACUGGCUCACAGGAAGAGUCACUUCACUACCUUAAGAAUUAAGGCAUUUUUACAGUUCAGUGAUUUUGUUUUGUCGUCCUUUAUCAGUUGCUAUCAAAUAUAGCACAUUGCUGAAAUCAGCAGCAUAACUUCUCUUGCCUUCAUUAAAAUUUUGCAUAAUAUAAGUUGA